AUGUUCCCGCACUUGUUCCCCUAUGGAUGCGGACACCCAGGCAAGCCACGACACGUGCCUGUGGCGCUCAACGCCUGCGUUCGGUAUUAUAGCUUGUUAAGCACCAGGCGGUUCGCGGAAGAUGAACUCUUCAUGCUUGCCAGCUUCAAUUACUUGUCCAUUCACAGGAUGUACACGCAGGUCGCACUGAAAUGUCAGCGAAACCCUACCAUGUUUGAACCAUACGGUGACAUCACUGAGAGACAGGCGUUCGCAUAUCAAGCACGCUAUGGCCAACCAGCGCUUUUUGUAACGCUGACCCCGAAUGUCGCCGAAUCGCUCGUCAUGGCGCAAUAUUGCGGGAUUACAUCCGUCGACACACUAUUUUACGCCGCAUUGGCCGAUCCACCCGGACGCUCAGCGCUGCACAGUGCAAGCGUGCGCAACGACGUCGCGUCCGCUCGGUUGUUUAUGCGCAACAUGGAUGCAUUCAUCGAGCACGUGAUCGGUGUUGCGCCCAAGCACAUGAAGUCCAAACCUUUUGACAGUCUUUUCGGUGAAGUAAGGGCGUACUUCGGGAUGGUUGAGACUCAGGGGGGCGGCAUGCUGCACGCUCACUUCCUGAUCUGGCAUGUAGAUGUGCCUCCCAACACGGACACUUUCUACCGAGCGAUGGCAGCCCAUGGUGAGCAGUAUUAUCGUGAUAUCGAGGCAUUCACGGACAGCAUCGUGUCGACAUCGAUGCCAAUCCGUGAACUCUUGAUCCCCUCUGAAGCAUUUAAAGAUCCCUACAAGCCACAACGCGGUGGUAACACGCGCGGUGAGCCGGUCCUCGUGCGAUGCUCGCGGUGCGGCACUGAGCUUAGCUCCCAACAUGUGAUUCGGCGCCUAUUGCUUGAACAUCGACCGUCUUCAUGGCCGCCUUCAAUGCGGCCAUAUUCCUCAGCUGAACAUGCGAUGGCCGUGCGGUUGGUGACGCCACGUCGCGGUAUCAUUCCAGCUGCUAAGUCAGCUAUUUAUCGGCGAGAUCUGUAUUUAUUCGACGUGCACACAGCCGAUGUGAAAGAAGCCUACCACGAGGAUGAGUAUGUAAAUUACCUUCGCGAUUUGAAUCGUGCUCCACAUCGACUCGAGCAACGCGAGAACGAUGCCUUUCACAACGACGCAGUCGCUCGAACACUGCCAAUGUUGCCUCCAUCGAUCAGUGACGAACGGUGGAUGCCUCGUGCCGUCGCGUUUGCAGUUUCCAUGCUCGUCUUUCUCUUUAAUAUGCACUGGUGGUCUUACGUGGGGAGUUGUUUCAAGAAAAGUCGUGCAGCGGCCUCCGGCGAGUGCCGCUAUGGAUUUCCACGAAGUCGCGUUGCGCGGUCGACUAGCUCGGACGACGGCGUUCUGAUCAAACAUCGAACCCCAUUUGAGUUCGUUAACGGCUUCAAUCGCGAGAUAAUGCUUGCAUUUUAG